UACGCCAGGAACGCCAAGCACACUGGAGGCAGGUUGACCCAUAGGUACUCAGGCCAGCGCAGGGGUCCCCGAAAGUGUUGGCGGACGGUCGGGUGGGCACGCUCUGUGCUUGAUUUGACCGGAGCCGCCUGGGCCCUUGCCUUACGGUUCGGACAACAAAGCGCAAACUGUCACAGACAGCCAACUGUCGGUGAUUGA